AUGGCACCCAUACGAACCCGCGAUGGCGCUGCUUCCAAGAGCAACCCCGAGGCCAAAAAGCGCAAGGGAUUCAGUGUUGGUCCCGCAAACCUUCCAGAUGGCACAUACCGCCGCAAGACCCAAAAGCUCAAAGAAGAUCUGAUCCACAAAGCGAAAGUGAAGAAGGCCUAUGCCAAGGUCAAAGCCCAAGAAGAAGCCAACGCCCCCAAAAAGUCCGUUUACGACACCGUCGAUGAACCCGAAACAUCCAACGAAGACACCACCGAAAAUGCCACAGCCUUGGAACUGCACCCCGACCGUAUAGCCAUGCUGAAUGAGCCCGAACCUGCACCUGCGCCUGCUAAGUCAGAACGGCGCCCACGAGGCGACGGCAAACGAGAGCGUCGACAGAAGCCCUCUGCAUUCACAAAGGAAAUGGAGUUCGCUGAGAAGAAGCGCAAGGCAGAAGAAGCCCGGCAGAGGGACCGGGAAGCCAAGGUGAAGGAACGUGAGGCUCUGAUCCGCGCGAAGCGCCCAGAUCAGUUUGGCAAGAGAAGGUUGGGCAGAGAGAGUAACGCGCUGCUCAGUCGUGUUCAGCGAAUGGUCGGCCAGAACUAA